AUGACAAUAUAUACAACUGAACUAUUCCCUAAUUGUCUUCCAUACAUUUCAGAGCUCCGAAUCCCUUCAUUGCCUUCAUAUCAAAAUAGCCCAAUUACCUGCAAAAAAACUAUCUCAAAUGAGAUUUACUACAGAAAUUUACCAAAACUCCAAGCAUAUUCUGUCGAAACUAGACCGGGUUUUUUCAACCCACUUGAUUUCAAAGAGCCCCAGUUGCUGAAAUUGAUCAAAAAGUCUCAUAAAGCAGGAAAGUUCAAUGAAGCUUUCUAUUUUCUUCAGUGUAUGGUAAGCAAAGGUUACAAGCCUGAUUUAGUCCUCUGCACAAAGCUCAUUAAAGGGUUCUUUAACAGCAAAGAGAUUAAUAAAGCAGUAGAAGUGAUGAAGAUUUUAGAAACGAAAGGAGAGCCAGAUUUAUUUGCAUAUAAUGCUAUGAUCAGUGGUUUCUGUAAGGUAAACAGAAUUGAAGAUGCGAAUCAGCUUCUUAGCAGAAUGAGGGGUAAAGGAUAUUCCCCUGAUAUAGUCACUUACAACAUCAUGAUUGGUAGCCUUUGCAGCAGGGGAAAGCUUGAUUUGGCUUCAAAAGUGUUGGAUAAACUAUUGAUAGAUGAUUGUCAACCAACUGUUGUUACCUAUACUAUCUUGAUAGAAGCCACUCUUAUUGAAGGUGGGACCAAAGAAGCAAUGCAACUAUUCAACGAGAUGCUAGGAAGAGGGCUAGAGCCCGACAUCUAUGUCUAUAACACCAUGAUUAGAGGGAUGUGCAAGGACGGGUCAGUGGAUCAAGCGUUUGCCUUUGUCCGGAGCUUACCCUCCCAAGGUUCUCAUCCAGACGCAAUCUCAUACAACAUUCUCUUAAGAGCACUACUAGACCGAGGAAAAUGGGAACAAGGUGAACAAUUAGUCAGAGAGAUGCUAGCUAGAGGAUCUGAGCCUAAUGUUGUUACUUAUAGCAUAAUUAUAGCUGCCUUAUGUCGUGCGAGCAAGGUAGAGGAGGCUCUAACUAUGCUGAAAGUCAUGAUGGAAAAAGGCCUGAAACCUGAUAACUAUAGCUAUGAUCCUCUGAUUUCAACAUUCUGUAAAGAGGGGAAAUUGGAUUUAGCUAUUGGAGUUCUAGAUCUUAUGAUAUCAAAUGGAUGCUUGCCUGAUAUCGUCAAUUACAACACUGUUUUGGCAGCUCUAUGCAAGAAUGGAAAGGCUGAUCUAGCUCUGGAGAUUUUUGAUAAACUGAGUGACGUGGGAUGUAAUCCAGAUGCGAGCUCCUACAACUGUUUGAUAAGUGCAUUGUGGAAUACUGGGGAUCGACCAAGGGCUAUGAAAAUGGUAGAAGAAAUGUUUAAGAAUGGAAUUGAUCCUGAUGAGAUCACUUACAAUGCCCUUCUGUCCUGUUUAUGCAGAGAUAGGAUGGUGGAUGAUGCUAUGAAAUUACUAAGGGACAUGGAGAACUAUGGUAUUCAACCAACUGUUAUUAGCUACAACAUGAUCCUACUUGGUCUUUGCAAAGAACAGAGGCUGGCAGAUGCAGUUGAAUUGCUGGGACGCAUGGUCGAAAAGGGUUGUCAACCAAAUGAAACAACUUAUACUUUGUUGAUUGAAGGGAUAGGAUUUGCAGGGUGGCACUAUGAGGCUAUGGAAUUGGCAAACACACUAAUGGAAAUGGAUGCCAUUUCCUCUGAUUCUUUCAGACGCUUGAGUAAGACCUUCCCUGCUCUUUCUCCAAAUAAAGAACUUGCAGCCUCUGGAAUACGAACAAAUUAGAUGUGUAAUUGUAUCUCAAAAUGUCUUAGAUAAGACACUGUAAAUAAAACUUCCUUACAUAUUUAUUGUUGGCUGCUACUUCUGAAGAGCUUUCAUGUCUA